AUGUUAGCGUAUACACAAUCCUCUGCUGGAGGUGAUCAACAUUGUGGUCAGUUCGUCAAUAAAGAUGAUAGUAUAAAUCAUUUGUCUUCAAGUUCUUUACAGUACACUCCAACUAAAUCCAUGAUGAAGUCAGUAACCAGUAAUCCAAAUAACAAUAAUAUUAAACUUAUUCACAGUUCACCAAUCAACUUUGAUGAUCCCAGUGUACAUCAAUCCCUAGGAUCUAGUCGAAGAGGUACACUUAAUACAAGCGUUGGUGUUAAUAAUACGGAGAUUUUACUUCAUGAAGCUAGACUAGAAAGAGAAGAGGAGUAUGCAACGUUCUGGUCACUUUCUGUUGGACAACUAACAAUAUUACGGAAAUUAGCUUUAAUACAAUUGGCAAGUUUAGCUGAGAAACACUGUUCGAUUAAUCGUUCACCAUUUAGUUGGAGAUUUAUGAGAUACAGAGCUCUAUUAACCUCUGGUGAUUCAAAUCUUUUAUCCAACACCUUAACCACUUCCCCGCUACCCGAGAAGAAAUCAGUGACCAGUCCAAACGGUGAAACGUCUAAAUUAGAUUCCGUAGAGUCGAAUAACGUUCCAUGUCAGAGCCAAUCACCAACCAGUGAACAUAUUCAACAAUCGCCUCUUCCCAAUCUGGCAACGUCGAUUAGGUUAUCCUCUUCCGCCAGCUGUUGUACACAUGAUGGAUCACUUGGAAAUGAAUGGAACUACAGCCAUGGAAUAUUUAGGCGGCCUGGUGGGAAAUUAAGGAUGUUAGCAUUAAGAGAAGAAAUCGAACAAGAUAUAAAUUGGAAGAAAUUUGAUGACUGGCAACCAUAUGAUAUAGCCGAUUUAUUAAAACAAUUCUUUCGUGAACUACCGGAGUGUUUAUUCACCAGUAAAUUGGCAACAGUACUUGUGAAUGUUUACGUAUGUGUUCCAAACUCAGUUCAAAUUGAUCUUUUGCGUUGGAUAUUGAUAAGCCUACCAGAUGAAAAUCGUGUUGUCUUACAAAAGUUGUUAUACUUACUCAACCAUUUAUCUCGUCAUAGUGAUGUAACUGAGAUGAGUGCUAGUAAUCUGGCUGUUUGUUUUGCUCCAUCACUUUAUCGAUUAAUCAAACCACCAACAUUGUCCAAUCAAGGUGUAAGCCUUAGUCCACGACGUCUACGACGAACAACUAGUGGACCAGAUCCAAAAGAUUUAGCUGAUCAACGUGCUGCUCAAUUGAGUUUAAGUGCAAUGAUCACCUUAGCUCCAAGUCUAUUUCAAAUCUCAUGCUCUCUCCUAAAUCAUUCAACUCUGUUGACUAGUUUGACUCCAUCACCUCCAGAUUUAGAAUCAAUCAUUCCAAAUGGUGACUGGCCACAAUGGAUACAAAAUUCACUGAGUGAUUUAAUACGUGAAUGCUCUUCAUCAAAGUCUAAAGGUUGGAAUGUAGUCAGUCGUGAUGCUAUGAAAUGUUACGGCGUUGAUUCUGGAGCUAAUGAAAUGUUGGAUGGCUUUGAAGUUCACUACAAAAAGGUGCCUAACUCAACCGAAACAAAAGCCACACCGAACAACUUACGUUUAUGGCGUUGUUCCAUUCACAUACCUGAGUCGAGUCCACGUGUUAUAUUGAAUCGAUUCUCUCAAAAUAGAACAUCAUGGGAUCCAGAAGUGGUACAAAUGAAAAUAGUCGAUCAAAUAUCAGAUUGUGUUGAGCUGUGUGAAUUGCAUAUGUCCACCGUAUAUCCACAACCAAAAUUGAAUCAGUGUACAAAUACACUUGGUCAUGUCUAUGAAGAUCAUGUUUAUAUUCGUCCUGCCAGUGAUGGUCAAGGCUGUCGCGUAUAUUUACUAUCUCGUGUAGAUUUAAAGGGAUAUGGGCCUGAUUGGUACAUGAAUCAAUGGGGUCAUACAUUAUGUCGACGACUAAUAAAUUUGAAACGAUCUUUCCAAAAGCAGAAAACACCAGUUUUAGUCUAUGAAUUGGAAGAGACAAUACCCAGACCUUCUCCACCUCCGUAUACUAGUGUUACUAUUACUUCAAGUAGUGACACUGAUCAUCAAACUGUUCCAACAACGUCUAAUGUUUCAUCUAGAACAAUCGCAAUUAGCAGAUUUUAA